UAGUAUUAAAGAAGAAUAUCAUAAACCAGUUACACCAAGAUGUCGUGCUCCAAUAAGAAAUAUAGAGAAAUUUAAUAAUAAUAAGGAAAAACAUCUUAAACAGAUUACACCAAAGUGUCGUCCUCCUAUAAGAAACAUUAAGAAUUCAAAUAAGGAUAAUAAUAAUAUAUCUGAGGAUUUAAAUUCCUUUAUAUAUAAACAAAAUAAUAAUAUGAGGUAUUCAAAAGAAUUUGUCAAUGACACACAUGAUGAUAAUAAUGAUGUGAAUUCUGAUAGGGACAAUUUAUUAAAUGAAUCCGCCGAAAUAAAUCAGUCAACGAUAUGUAAUUCUUCAUUGAGAAAUAGUCAUAAUGAUAGUCCACAAGUAGUUAAGUCGUUUCCUUUUUUUUUUAAUAAACAGAAGGAAGAUAAUAGAGGAGAUAGCAAAAAUAGUAACUUAUAUUGUAUAUUUAUGCUGAUAGUUGUUGUCGUUUCGUGCUUUGUAUGUCUUCCUACAUUACAAAAUAAUAAUAAUGAAUCAAUGCAGAUUUCAUACGAUAAACAAGAAAAAACGAUACAAGAAUUCCGUAAAUCAAUAAUCGAUGUUAGAUUAAAAUUUACAAGUCAAAAAUCUAAUAUAUGGAAUGCAUUCUCAUCUCAAGUAGAAGAAGUUAUUAAUGGAUCAACAAAAGUUUCUAUCAUUAUUUUGCUCGGAAAUGAAACGAAUACAAUCAAAUGUUUAGCACAUUUCUUUGGAGACAUAAGUGGCAAGGCUUUAGGUAGUGAUAACUAUUUAAUAUUCAAUACGAAAAACAUUGAGAAUGAUCAUGGAAAAAUCAUUAAUGGAUUAAAAACAGAGAUUUUGAGAAAAAAAGCUGUGAUUAUCGAAGAUUUGCUUAAUAUAGGUUCUGAAGCUGUUAAAGUAUUGCAUAGUUUGUGUGACAAAGAAAAUCCUUUAAUUCCAAAGACCAUGUAUAUAAUUACUAUUAUAUCGAGUAAUUACGAAGGAUUACACACAGAUAAGUUUGUAGAAGAUUCUAUUACUGCCAAAUUUUCUAAAUUUAUUGAUUUGGAUAUUUUAAAUCCUCUUAUUACUCGGAUCAUGGAUGGUCCGAUAAUAUCAAUUUCACCAGAGCCAAAUAUGAAAGAGAAACAGAAUAUUGGUGAAUGUUUACUUCUUUAAUUUAUCUUAUCUUUUUUCUUCGUAGAAUAUAUAAUUAUAUUAUAUAUGAAAUAUUUCUUUUUUAUACAAAAAUGUAAACUAUCGUUUGAAAGUGUUUCAUCAGGAUAUGGUAGAACUAUAAACACAUCAUUUUAUAUUAGAUAUUAAAAACAAGAAUAAAAAAUGUAUAAUAAGGAUUGAAAAAAGCUUUAGAAAUAUUUAUUAUUAUGCAAAUUUAUUUUGUUAUGCCAAACAAUGAUACAGAACGACAUUCGUAAAUGAACUAUGUAAAGCAUAAUUCAAGAUAAUUUCUACAAACUUAUAAAAAAUAUAACAACGAGAUAGAUGCCUCUGAUAUAAUGCUAGAUUUUGCCUAUACCGGCCAAGAUUAUUCGAGUUUAAAGUAUAGUAAAAUGGAUUACUUCAUGCAUGUUUCACUCCACAUUUUCGUUAUUACCAUUACAGCGUAAUAGUCGGCAGUCGGUGUUACAAGUAUCGUCAGAAAUCGUACGUUUAUGGGGCUCAUUGCCAAUUUACAAUAUCAUUGAUUACUUACAAUUAUUUUAAAUUAUUGCACAUACAGAUAAAAAAUUUAAUCAAUAAUAAUUAAUAUUGCGAUCUAUUGCAUGAACUUUUGAAAAAUAUUAAUUCGUAAACAUAUAUUGUACAUAAUUUGCUUAUAAAUCGUGUUAAUUUAUGUACGAAUAUUUAUUGGAAAAAAUAUAAAAAAUUUAUCUUGUUAAAUAUAAAUAUUCGUCAAUAGUUCAUUAAGUAUAAUAAAUUAUAUAAACAUAUUAAACUUAAUAAUUAUACAUAUAUUGCAAAAAGUUUUGUCUUAUCUUCUUUGUGUAGAAUUCUUGAUGAAAAUCAAAUUACACUUAUUUUAAUAAUCCUUUUGUUUUAUUCAUUUUUUGGCAUUAUUAUAAAGUGUUCUAUUGAAUUUCUAUAUCGAAAGAUGUUACAUGCAGUAGAAUGUUAGUAAAAAAGAGGUAAAUAUCUUUUGAAUAUACUUAUGUACUAUAGUGUGUUAUAAAUUGGCAACAAGUACUCAUAGCUGCAUACUUUGCUAAAAAAAUGUAUUAGCAAAGUUUCUACUAUUGAGUUUUAUUAUGAUACAGUCGGUUUCUGUCGUAAUUCAAAUCGGUAACUAAAAGUAGGAAGUAUAUAUAGAAAUUGUAUAUAAUAUAGUAUCGUCAAACCUAAAUAAUAAAUACAAUUUAUACAGUCACAGACUUUUUAUACAGAAUGUCCAAAAUCUAAUGUGCUAUACAAUAGUAACAUAAACAAUUUUCAAUCCUUACACAUGCAAUUUACUUCCUUGAUUAAUACAUAAUUCUUACGAAUUUUCUAAAUAUUAGAAAUUACAAUUUAUAAUCAUACCAUUUAUAUCGAUUACAAUGACAAUGAUUAAAAAUUUAUCUUUUCCAUAUCCAAUUAUAGUUUUGAAUGGCCGUUGUUGAAUUAGAUAAUAACUUACUAUGCUUUUGUGUACAAUGAAAAAAGAAAAGUGAACAAAAAAAUACAAGAAAUGAAUAUUCUACGUAAACUAAUAUAAAAUCAUUCGUUUAUAUAUACCAUCUUUUUCUUUAAAUAUUGAAAUUUCAUGCUUCUAUUGCUUGCAAGUAUUUUAGAAAAGUAAAUCGGUUUGUUUACAAUUGUCUGAUUUGUAAUAAUGGGUUUCCUCUAUCAGGGCACUCUGUAUAGAACAGCCUUAAUAUUAUGAAAUACGUAUUUACAGUAAAAAAGUUUAAUUGGUCAUAUUUUUACCUAGCAUAGUAAGGAGGUGAAUACCACGUUGUGUAAUGUUGUCCGAAUUGGCUGUAGUCGUGUACUUCAGUCGUACAGUGUCUUGCAAAUUGCGCAAGUGUCGUAAUUCUGAGUCAGUCACGUCAUAAUAAGGUGUAUGUAUAUAUCUGCCCUUUGAUUGAAUCGGUUCUUUACCACAUUUAGUGCUUAAGCCAUACUUACUUUUUAAGCACUAAACGAUUUCUUUUUUUAUCUCUGUUAAACUGAAUGCUUUACGCUGCAUAAGUAUAUGAAUAAGUUUACUAAUCGAUCCAUUAGUACGUAUUAUACGAAAGCUUUGAUAAAAGCUUUACUAUCAUAAUUUAGUAAAGGUUUUAAAAGGAGGGAGAGAGAGAGAGAGAGAGAGAGAGAGAGAGAGAGAGAGAGAGAGAGAGA